UGAUGUUUCCAAUGGAUUUGCUGAUUUGAUAUGUGUCAAAGAUAUAUUUGAAUGUCGAAAUAUGAAGAUGGCUGGAGCAGUGAUUAGUGAUGUCAUGGAUACGUUUGUACCAAGAAAUCUGAAGAAUAUUGUCACUGCACAUGAUCAAAGUAUUUCUCAUUCAAUGUUACCAGAGCUGAUUGAAAACGCGAUACUUGACCAAGCACAAAAGCUUCAAAAGAUAAAGGUCAAGAUAAAUAAGCUGAACAUGGUGGGGGUGGGGGUGCCACUUAGCCCAACAGAAACGAUACUUCAACAUAUAAAACCAGAAAAGGUUCGUUCCUGCUGUCUUCCCGUCAUCAUACAAAGCAAAGAUGAAACCCAUUUAUCACCUGGUAUUGAGAAUGUUGUAUCAUGUUGUGCUGUGUCUUCAUAUGGGAGUUACUGCUCCUUUCUUGCAAGAACGUAUCUAUUCGAUCCCAAUCAACGUCAGUUGCAUGCUUACAGAUUUCUUUUAAAGGCCCAAGAGGAAGCAAUUGCUGCUCUACAGCCGGGAAGGAGGAUUCGAGACGCUUAUAAUUCGGCCAUGGAUGUAGUUGUUAAAGAAGAUAUUUUUGGGUUUGUUAAAUACAUGGAAAAUACAUUUGGGAUGGGUAUUGGUAUUGAGUCUAGUGAAAGGUAUCUCAAACUAAAUGGCACAAAUGAGGUCAUUUUAAGAACAAAAAUGGUUUUUAGGGUGGCUGUAAACUUGAAAAAUGUGCCAUUGAUGAAUGAGAAUGUGUUUUUUUCGAUGGUUCUUGGGGAUACGAUAAUUGUCCUUGAAAAGGGUGAGGUGCCUCGUGUUGUUACUUCUUUGAGCCAAAAGACAAUUGAAAAAGUCGUUUUCAGAUCGAAAGAAGAGUCAGAAACAGGAAAUCAGGAACUAGAAGAACAUGCAAGGAAAAAGCUCAAACUCGGUGAUGUGUUUGCAAUUUCAGGGGAGCAUGGAGAAAAUCAAAUACAGACUUAGCUUCUGAUCAAGGAGAAGCUGAAGUUUUUUUCUGCAGCCAUAUGGGGUUUAGAAUUAAAGCUGCAGAAGGUGUGUUUUGAAGAGCACUGUGUGUU